AUGUUUUCAAUGAAAACUCUACCUAACCUUUAAGAGAAGCAUUCUGAGAUUGAUUUUAAGGAAGAAAGACAUUUGUUUGUUUAAAAUAAAUAACAAACUUAAUGA